GGGAAGUAUCAUCAAAUAUUUUCUCGUUUAAAGUCAACAUAAAAGUUCUAAACUUUAUUAAGAAACUGUACGCAAAGAAGAAUCCAUAAUUUAAUACACUAUAAAAAAAUAUCAGAAAGUUUAAAAAUGGAAUUUGAACAAAAUAUCACAAAUAGUUUUCAAGAUACAAAAGGCUGGGCAUACCUUUGUCCAAUGUUCUCAGAUUCACUUGAUCCAAUCAAGCUUGUUGGUGACAUUUCAUUUUAUGGAAGGGGAUCACAUGAAAGUGUAACAGAAGGAUUUAUUUUUACUGCCGAGCAUUUGAAACGUCACUUGGAGGUCAUUAGCAGAAAUCACUUCUGGAUUCAAAGAGAACGUUCAUCUGGAAACGAAAUAAAUUUGAGUCCAGCUGUUCUUCAUGUAACGGGAGCAAACGGUUUACAUCUGAAUUUUGAAAAGCUUUCAAAAGGCAGUUGCAGAAUAUUAAAAGAUCGAGACGUCAUUAAACUGUUUUUGGAUUUCAGCUUGUUUAUUUUUAUGGACAGAAGAAACUUUGAAACUAAUGGCUAUCCUGAGCUCUUACUAGAUAAAUACUACUUUGGUUCUAUAAUUGGAAGUGGUGGUCAGAGCUCAGUACGCGCUGCCUAUGAUAAGAAAGCUUCGACAAAAUUUGCUGUCAAAGUGCUUUCAAGAGUAAAAAAUGAUUGGGAAUCUGAGUACGGAUUUUUCAAACGUAUUCAGCAUAUGAACGAUGAGGUACGUGUAAUGAGAACAUUGAAUAAUCCAAACGUCAUCAAAUACGUUGCUGACUUUGUCCAUAACAAAUACCUUUUUAUCUUCAUGGAAUACGCUGAUUGUGGCAGCUUACUUGAUCUAAUAAAUGAAUAUCCAAACAAUCUCAUACCCGAAUCAAAUGCAAAAUUUUUCUUGGCACAAAUAUGUAAAGGCCUUUCAAAGGUCCAUCAAUUGAAAAUUGCACAUAGGGAUAUCAAGGUUGAAAAUAUUUUCAUUAAGUCAUUAAGAGUCGACUCAAAAAUUGAGCUUUUGUUGAAAAUCGGCGAUUUUGGUUUUGCGCGACCGUCUGAUGAAACUUUACUCACUCAGCUUGGAACAAAAUUUUAUUUGCCACCUGAAAUUAUGGAUUUAAAUGGAGAGUAUACGAUCAAAGCUGAUAUUUGGUCAUUGGGAUGUUUGUUCUUUUCAUGUUUGGCGGGAUCUUAUCCAUUUCAUGAUGAAUACGGAACAUUUAUGAGAGAACAAAUUAGAACUGCAAACAUAAAUUUCUCUAAUACGAACCUUUGGGGAAAGAUUCCAUUGGCUAAAGACUUGAUUAAAAAUAUAAUUCAAGUCGAUCCGGAAUCACGUCCAACUGUUGACGAAAUUUUAAACAACAUAUGGUUCACUGGUGAUUGUAACUUACGUUGUCGAUUACAGCAAUUAUACCAGCUCAUCGUAAAAGAUUACAUCGAAAUGGAGAACUUCAUUAAAGAACUGCCAAAAAUUGAAUUACAUUGCCACUUAAAUGGAAGCUUGAGUGAUGAAACGCUUUGCAAACUCGUAGAACUUAAGCAAGAAUCUAAUCCAGAUUUUGAAAAGCCUGAAAUAAUUAAUUAUAGUAAAUUUCGUUCUCUUGCUGAAUGCUUUGAAGUUUUCAAAAUUGCUCAUGACUUAGUUGACACCAUAGAAGCUGUUAAACUUGCAACAAAAUGUGUAAUUGACGAAUUUUCAAAAGAAAAUGUGAUUUACUUUGAACUGAGAAGUACACCAAGAAAAACUCCAAACAUGACGAAAUUGGAAUAUUUACAUGCAAUCAUUGACACAAUCAUAACAUGCCAACAAAGUCAUCCUAAAAUUGGUGUGAAAUUUAUUCCAUCGCUCGGUCAACAUUUCUUAUGGUGCAUUGAUUUGAAUGGUGACCCAACAAAAGGAAAAUUUCAAGAUUAUCAAGAAAUCUUUCAACAAGCUAGAACGGAAGGGUUCGGCAUUACGUUACAUUGUGGCGAAUCUGAGACGCAUGAUGACGAAGAAGUUCUGAAUAUGCUUAAAUUUAUGAUGCCAGGAGAUCGAAUCGGACAUGGAACAUUUAUUGAUGAAUCUAAUUUAGAAGCUUGGAAAAUUUUGUUAAUGAAGCAAAUUCCCAUUGAGAUUUGCCUGACGUCAAAUGUGCUGUGUAAAACUGUUCCAUCUUAUGACGAUCACCAUAUGGGAAAAUUCUUAAAGAUGAAUCAUCCAAUCGUGAUUUGUACCGACGACUAUGGCGUGUUCAAGACGAAUCUCACCAAUGAGCUCAGAAUUUGUUCCGAAACUUUUGGCUUAGACAAAGAAAAUCUGAUUGAUUUAUCACUAAACGCGGUCAGCUACAGUUUUGCCAAUAAAAAGGAGAAACAAGAAAUGAAAGAAGAAAUCGAGAAUUUUAAAAAGAAUAAAAUGUUUUAGGACAUGUUUAUCGUUCGCUUCAAAAUAAAAAGCAUUAGAAAAAUAAAAUCUAC